AUGGCUGAGAAGGUAGGAGCAGCGGGGCUCAAGGCCCCCAACAUCCACCCGACUUCGACCCUCCCACCGGAGCCCAUCGACAUCAUCCGCACCAAAGCCCGCUCCCGGAGAGUCCGCCUCAACGUCGGCGGUCUCAACCACGAGGUUUUGUGGCGGACCCUGGACCGGCUUCCCAGGACCCGGCUCGGUAAGCUCCGGGACUGCAACACCCACGAGUCGCUGAUGGAGGUGUGCGACGACUACAGCCUGAACGAGAACGAGUACUUCUUCGACAGACACCCGGGCGCCUUCACCUCCAUCUUGAACUUUUACCGCACGGGCAAAUUACACAUGAUGGAGGAGAUGUGCGCCCUUUCGUUUGGCCAGGAGUUGGACUACUGGGGGAUCGACGAGAUCUACCUGGAGUCGUGCUGCCAGGCCCGCUACCAUCAGAAGAAAGAGCAGAUGAACGAGGAGCUGAGACGGGAGGCCGAGUCCAUGAGGGACAGGGAGGGAGAGGGAGAGUUUGAUAAUGCCUGCUGCCCGGAUAAGAGGAAGAAGCUGUGGGAUCUCCUGGAGAAGCCCAGCUCCUCGGUGGCUGCUAAGAUACUUGCCAUCAUAUCAAUCCUGUUCAUUGUCCUGUCCACCAUCGCUCUGUCUCUCAAUACUUUGCCCGAGCUCCAGGUCAUAGAUGAGUUUGGGCAGGCCAAUGACAACCCCCAGCUGGCUCAUGUGGAGGCAGUGUGUAUAGCCUGGUUCACCAUGGAAUACCUUCUGCGCUUCCUCUCCUCGCCGAACAAAUGGAAGUUUUUCAAGGGUCCGCUAAAUGUCAUUGACUUGCUGGCCAUCCUGCCCUACUAUGUCACCAUCUUCUUAACGGAGUCCAACAAGAGUGUGCUACAGUUUCAGAAUGUGCGCCGUGUGGUCCAGAUCUUCAGGAUAAUGAGAAUAUUGAGAAUCCUGAAACUGGCCAGGCACUCCACUGGGCUCCAGUCUCUAGGUUUUACCUUGAGGAGGAGCUACAAUGAACUGGGGUUGCUCAUCUUAUUCCUGGCCAUGGGCAUCAUGAUAUUUUCCAGCUUGGUAUUCUUUGCUGAGAAAGAUGAGGACGCCACAAAGUUCACCAGCAUCCCAGCCUCCUUCUGGUGGGCCACCAUCACCAUGACCACUGUGGGCUAUGGUGACAUCUACCCACAGACUCUACUUGGGAAGAUAGUGGGUGGCCUCUGCUGCAUUGCGGGUGUGCUGGUGAUCGCGUUACCCAUACCCAUUAUCGUCAACAACUUCUCUGAAUUCUACAAGGAGCAGAAGAGGCAAGAGAAGGCCAUCAAGAGAAGAGAGGCGCUGGAGAGAGCCAAGAGGAAUGGUAGUAUUGUUUCUAUGAACCUGAAGGAUGCCUUCGCCCGCAGUAUGGAACUGAUGGAUGUGGUGGUAGAGAAAGAGGAGGACAAGAUGUCCCUGGAAAACCACCUGACACCCCGCCGCUGGGGUGGCUCCACCAAGCACGCCACUUCUGAAACAAAUCUAAAGUCCCCAGAAAAGAUAAACCCUGAAACUUUUCUGCUGGGUACCCCUCGCCGUGUAAUGAUCACCACCACUAGUAGUCCACAGCAAAUGAAAAUGAGCCACCAACACCUCCGGAGUAGCCCCCAACACCUCAACGUUCAGAAACUGGAGGAGAUGUACAGCCAGAUGACCAAGUCACAAUCCUUUUCCAAUCUCAAUACAUUGAGCUCCAUGAGCACUCUGAGCACCUCCAUGACAGCCCUUACUUCACCACCAAGGAAAUGGCAUAGCCCAGAAUCCACACCGAAGAAAGAAGUGCAGCUGGAGAUGAAGGAAGUCCCGACUUCUGCUGAUAGUUUUCCCAGCUGCUCGGCUGAGAGGACGGACUCUAACUCAGAUGAGAAUGGAGCCAAGCCAAGUCAUGACAGACACCUCAAGGCCCCUUCCCCUCUGGAUCUGAGCCAGUUAAAGGCCAGUGAUGAGCAAGAAUCCCUUGGCACCAUGCUCGAAGUUGGCCAUAAUAAGUCUAUCCCUCUGAAUGCAAGUGACGGAUCACAGGUGGAAGAGGAGAACUUUAACAUGACCGUGGAGAAUAUCCGAAGCUCUCUAAGAGGCAACAACCCUCUUAAAAUGAAAGGGUUAAAGGUCAACUUCAAUGAGACCUCCACUGAAGGCCCACCUACACCCCCCAGCACCACUUCUCCCGGAGACAUCAGUUCUAGCCUCCUGGAAGAUGAGUCGCCAGAAGGAGAGACCACACCACUUAUUCCCAGCUCAGAGGUGCUAGUCCCAGCCUCAGAGGAGGAAGUCUGUCCCGUUUCUCCUAAGCAGGUGGUAGUCGACACCCCACCAGGCGACGAGGAUCAAUCUGAAGAAAACCACAAAGACAAGCAUCUGAUGGAGGUGGCAGGUGCUACAGUUACACCCCUCUCGCCCAAAACAGUGGCGCAAAAUUGCACCCAAGGUGAGGUUGGUGCCAGCGAGGAGGUCAACGCUGACAGCAGCCAAAGUGGACACAAGGUGGAGAACCACAUGUUUACACCAGAGAUCCACCUGAUACCAGGGGAUGGAAACCUCUCCCCAACCUGCGAAACCAGCAUGUGA